AGGUGUACCUACACAGUUGGCGCUCAGCAGACGAGCUGAACAUGUUGGUGGGUGCUAAAGUCGGUGGCGCUACUCCCCUUGUGAUCGCGUGCAGAAAUGGACAUUAUGACGUUGCCGAAUAUCUCAUAGAGAGGUGCAAGGCUGACAUUGAGCAGCCUGGGUCAGUGACAUUUGACGGUGAGACUAUAGAGGGCGCCCCGCCUCUAUGGUGCGCCGCUGCCGCCGGUCAUUUGCCCCUCGUACGGUUGCUGGUUCGUGCAGGUGCUAACGUCAACUCAACAACCCGUACGCACAGCACGCCGCUCCGAGCCGCGUGCUUCGACGGCCAUUACGAUAUCGUCAAGUUCCUAGUCGAAAACGGUGCCGACAUUGAAAUAGCCAAUCGCCACGGGCACACAUGCCUCAUGAUCGCAUGCUACAAGGGCCACAUUAGGAUCGCGAAGUACCUCCUCUCUUUGAACGCUGAUGUCAACAGGAAGAGCGUCAAAGGCAACACCGCGUUGCAUGAUUGCGCCGAGAGUGGUUCUUUGCACAUCCUGAAGAUGCUUUUGGGGCAUGGCGCUACGAUGGAUGUGGACUCAUACGGUAUGACACCUCUACUAGCUGCGUCUGUGACGGGACAUACUCAUAUUGUAGAGCACCUUAUAAACGCUGAAUACGGUCUGGUGACUCGGCAGCAGCGUAUAGAUGCGUUGGAAUUAUUAGGAGCAACAUACGUCGACAAGCGUCGCGACAUGGUCGGUGCACUAGCCCUUUGGAAACGAGCAAUGGAUGAUCGAUUCCCAGCUGAUGGCAGUGAACCAAUACCCAAACCUAAAGAUGUGCCGCGCAUAGAAGCAUACGAUUAUGCCGUGGAACCUAGCAACGCUCAACAACUAGAAGAAAUACUUGCCGACCCUGAUGCUAUGAGGAUGCAGGCUCUCGUUAUCAGGGAGAGAAUACUAGGUCCAGCUCACCCGGACACGUCGUACUACGUGCGGUACCGUGGCGCUGUGUACGCGGACGCGGGACGUUUCUCGCGUUGCCGUCAGCUGUGGCACCACGCGCUGGACAUGCAGCGCGCCGUGCUGCCGCCGCUCUCUCCCCUCACGCAGUCGAGCCUGUUCAGCUUUGCGGAGUUGUUCUCGUACAUGCUCGCCGAGCGUGCUCGUCCGCCGCUUCGUGGUCGAAUCGUCCCACCUGUAACCUUCGAAGAUGUAGAUCCAGUGUUCAGGAAAGCCUUAUCCGAAAUCCAUCGGGGCAUGGAGUUGCUGGACUCGAAAUUGAGCAUCGAUAGGGAACAAACGUUGACCACAUUGCAAAGGGUGUUAGUCAUAUCUUUACACCUGGCGACGCUCAUGGCAAGGCUAUUGGAUGAGCCCGAAUGCACAGAGGAGGUUUCUAGAAAUAUACACAAGGCUGUCUACUCACUCGUCAAGUUAGAUAUUAAGGUCCGUCAGGGUAGGUCCGCGUUGCACGUGGCGUGCUCGGCGGAGAGUCGCGGAGGGAGGGGUGCGGUGGUGGGGGCGCGGGCGGGGCGUGGCUGCCGGCGCCCGGUGACGCUCAGCCGUGUUGCGCGGCGCUAGUGGCGUUGAUGCUGCGACUUGGCGCGCCCACAGACGCAAGGGAUGCCGACGGGAACACGCCGCUGCAUCUAGUAUGCAAGUUGAACCCGUGCCCAGCAGAGGUGGUUAGAGAGUUGCUAGCUCACGGCGCUCACAUAGACACUGUCAACUACGAGGGCGAGACACCGGAAGAAAUCCUCAAAUCCACACAACAAAGUCUCUCGUCCAUCGUGAACCCGCUCAAGUAUACCACGCUCAAGUGUUUGGCCGCGCGCACAGUCAAAAACUACAGGCUACCGUACAGACAUGUCGUCCCGCACUGCUUGCACUCCACUAUAAUCACCCAUUGA